AUCUGUUCUAUCAGUACAAUCCCUAUGGGCCAUUAUGGGGUAACAUGACAUGGGGUCAUUCAAUAUCAUAUGAUCUUGUCAACUGGAUUCAUCUUGACUUUGCACUCGUGAGGACAGAUCCUUAUGAAAUCAAUGGUUGCUUUUCUGGUUCAACCACAUUCCUUAAUCCGGGAAAACCGGUCAUUCUAUACACUGGAGUCGAUAAGGAGAAACGUCAGACUCAAAACUUGGCAUUGCCUAAGAACCUGUCCGAUCCAUUUCUACGUGAAUGGCAGAAAUCUCCUAGGAAUCCUUUGAUGAGGCCUGUUGAUGAUAUUCUGCCAGAAUACUUUAGGGAUCCAUCAACUGCCUGGAAAGGUCCUGAUGGGUGGAAAGGUCCUGAUGGGAAAUGGAGGGUUAUAGUGGGUAAUGAAAUGAAUGCUGGUGGACAGGUACUUCUAUAUAGAAGCAAAGACUUUUUAAGAUGGACUAGGAGCAAGAAUCCCCUUCACUCAUCCAACAAAACUCCAAUGUGGGAGUGCCCUGAUUUUUACCCUGUGAGUAUCAAUGGUAUGUAUGGAGUUGACACCUCUUCACAGGAUAAAUUCACCAAAUAUGUCCUGAAGGCAAGCAUGUUCCCUUUGGACCAUGAUAAAUACAUCUUAGGAAGCUAUUCAGUGAAAAAUGAUCAUUUCUCUCCUGAUACUGAUUUCAAAGGUGAUGCUUCUGAUUUACGGUAUGAUUAUGGGAAAUUUUAUGCUUCUAAGUCAUUUUUUGAUAGUUCUAAGAAGAGAAGGAUAUUGUGGGGAUGGAUAAAUGAAGCUGGUACUGAACCAGAUGUCAUCAAGAAAGGUUGGUCUGGGCUUCAGUCAGUUCCUAGAAGUAUUCUGCUUGGCAAAAAUCACAAGCAAUUGAUUCAGUGGCCCAUCAAGGAAGUAGAGAAACUGCGGAUGAAGAAAGUGAGCUUCCAUGAUAAAGAGCUUAAGGGUGGAUCUGCAGUAAAAGUUCCUGGCAUCACAGCAUCGCAGGCAGAUGUGGAAGUUUUAUUUAAUUUGCCAAGUUUAAAAGAAGCUGAACUGAUGGAUCCAAGCUGGGUUGUUCCUCAACUUCUCUGUAGCCAAAAUGCAGCAUCUGUUAGAGGAAAGUCUUUUUUCGCAUCUUUAGAAGCAUCCAUGACAAAUGUGUUGUGCUCGUGUAGUGAUCAGAGCAGAUCUUCUUUGAGGGAAGGACUUGACACAACCACAUAUGGGGCUUUCAUGGAUAUAGACCCUAGCCAUGAGAAGAUUUCACUGAGAACAUUGAUUGAUCAUUCAAUCAUAGAGAGCUUUGGUGGGGAAGGAAGAAGUUGCAUCACUGCCAGGGUAUAUCCAAAAUUGGCCAUUGGUAAUGAAGCAGAGCUGUAUGCAUUCAACAAUGGCACUCUGGAUGUCACCAUCUCAAGCCUCAAUGCUUGGAGCAUGAAGAAAGCUCGUCUGGCUUCUUUCAAUAAAAGAAGGAAGCCACUGAUUUAACUGAAGCAAAAAUACCCAGAUGCAUCCAAAACAUUAUCUUAGCAAUAUUUGUAUAAAUCCUGCAUUACUAAACUAAAUAAAGAACUUUCCUUUCAUGGAUCAAUUUUUUUAUGCAAGUAAAGAUCUUUUCUGUGGAAUUUUAUGAUCCUUGUGAUGCAUGAAAUCAAAUCUUUUACAUGCU